GUUUAGGUCCACACACUCAACAGCAGUUUACCCAAAGCUUUUUAACGCCUCCCUGUUCGCGACUACAUUUCGGGGUUAACUUUUACUGCACGUGCUGCACCUUCCUUUUUGCAGAUGUGACCUAAACCAAAGUUUAUAUUUGAUUCUAUUCAGUCCGAUGUCGGGUAGUAGUCGACACUCACGGGAAGUGUAAUGAUGAGGCAGUUACAUCGUUGAGAAUGAAUACUUGGAGGGGUUGUAGCCUAGCACGCUAGUUAGAGUAUUCAGGGAAGAUCAUGGCGGCGGUGGAGGUGAGUGUGAGUAGCGGCAGUAGUGACACAUCUAGCACCGGCGAAGAGGAGAGGAUGAGGCGGUUGUUUCAGACUUGCGACGGUGACGGUGAUGGAUACAUCAACAGGAAUGACCUGCUGAUGGUGUGCAGACAGCUAAACAUGGAGGGGUCUGUGGCAGAGAUCAUGGGCCAGCUGGGAGCAGACGAGCGAGGCAAGAUCUCAUUUGAGGACUUCACCCGCUGCCGCAUGCAGCUGGUUAAUGAGAUCCGUAAGGAAGAGGGUGAGAUCUCCCAGUGCUCCCAGGACUCUGACACUAGGAAGCUCAGGGAACACAUCGCCUCCUGGCCAACCAGUAGCGAGAUUAGCAGGGGGGCCUUGUCAGGAGCCAGAGAGAGCUGGGAGUACUACUGUGGGGCCCGGGACCUUCAGAGUUCAGACAUCCAGCCUCAGCAGACACAGAACCAGCAGCAGCCAGCCAUCCUCCAGAAGCUCCUGGAACAGCCUGGGACUGUCCUAGAACAGCAGGCUGCUCUUCAUAAACUCCUGGCCCAGACCAGCACCCGCUGUGCUCCCCUGGGGGGAAACUACCUGGAGCUGGCCAACACACUCCACCUGGCAGCCCUGGCCUCAUUGAAGGGGGACGUGGUGGAGCUGAACAAGCAGCUGGUGCAGACGGAGAGAGAGCGAGAGAUGCUGGAGAAGAGACUGGCCAAAGCACAGUGUGAGCAGUCCUAUCUGAUGCGGGAGCAUGAGGACGUUCAGGAGCGGACCACCCUACGAUACGAGGAGAGGAUCACAGAGCUGCACAGCAUCAUCGCUGAGCUCAACAAGAAGAUAGACCUGCUACAGGGCUCCACCAUCAGGGAGGAGGAUGAGUUUUCGGAGCUGCGUUCGGAGCUCAGCCACAGCCAGCAGGAGGUCAACGAGGACGGACACAGCCUGGACCAGGACGGGGCGUCCGUCUCACUGCCUGAAAACCACUCCACCCUGGUGACCGCCGACAUGGACAACUGCAGUGACCUGAACUCGGAGCUGCAGCGGGUUCUGACGGGGCUGGAGAGCGUUCUGUGUGGGAGAAAGAAGAGCACAUGCAGCCUGUCUGUGGCUGAGGUGGACCGCCAGAUAGAGCAGCUGACCACCGCCAGCGAACACUGUGACCUCGCCAUCAAGACGGUGGAGGAGAUCGAAGGGGCCCUGGGCCGGGACUUCUACCCCAGCCUGUCGGAGGAGCGGGUGCGCUGGGAGAAGGAGCUGGCAGGCCUGAGGGAAGAGAACGAGAGCUUGACAGCCAUGCUGUGCUCCAAGGAGGAGGACCUGAACCGCACCAAGGCCACCAUGAACGCCAUCCGGGAGGAACGAGACCGCCUGAGACGACGGGUGCGAGAGCUGCAGACACGUCUCCAGAGCUCCCAGCCUGCAGGCCCGUCCAGCCCUGGGCGUCUCACCCCCGCCUCCCGCCCCAUCAACCCCAGCACUGGGGAACUCAGCACCAGCAGCAGCAGUAACGAUAUACCUGUGGCCAAGGUGGCAGAGCGGGUGAAGCUGUCUAAAACCAGGUCAGAGUCUUCCUCUACCGAGAGGCCUGUUCUGGGAUCAGAGAUCAGCAGCAUCGGGGUGUCCAGUAACGUGGCGGAACACCUGGCCCACUCCCUUCAGGACUGCUCCAACAUCCAGGAGAUCUUCCAGACCCUCUACUCCCACGGAUCAGCCAUCUCUGAGAACAAGAUCAGGGAGUUUGAAGUGGAGACAGAGAGACUCAACAGCCGCAUCGAGCAUCUGAAGUCUCAAAAUGACCUGUUGACCAUCACGUUGGAGGAGUGUAAGGGCAACGCAGAGAGGAUGAGCAUGCUGGUGGGCAAAUACGAAUCUAAUGCCACCGCCCUGCGACUGGCGCUGCAGUACAGUGAACAGUGUAUAGAGGCCUAUGAGCUGCUGUUAGCCCUGGCGGAGAGUGAACAGAGUCUGGUAUUUGGCCAGUUCAGAGCUGCCGGAGUGGGGACUGUAGGUGAGCAGUCGGGAGAGGAGAGCAUCACUCAGAUCCUGAAGAGAGCCCACGACUGCAGGAAGACAGCAGAGAACGCAGCCAAGGAUCUGCUGGGCAGGCUGGACGGUAGCUGUGGAGCCGCAUUCGCUGUGACUGGCUGCAGCGUUCAACCAUGGGAGAGCCUGUCCUCCAAUAGUCACACUAGCACCACCAGUUCCACGGCCAGCUCAUGCGACACUGACUUCUCCAGGGAGGACGAGCAGCGGCUGAAGGACUACGUGCAGCAGCUGAAGAAUGACCGUGCGGCGGUCAAACUGACCAUGCUGGAGCUGGAGAGCGUUCACGUCGACCCCCUAAGCUUGGAGAUCAAGCCCCGGGGAGACACACACAGGCUGGACCUGGAGAACGCUGUGCUGAUGCAGGAGCUCAUGGCCAUGAAGGAGGAGAUGGCGGAGCUGAAGGCCCAGCUCUACCUGCUGGAGAAGGAGAAGAAGGCGGUGGAGCUGCGGCUGAGCACGCGGGAGGCCCAGGAGCAGGCCUACCUGGUGCACAUCGAGCACCUCAAGGCCGAGGUGGAGGAGCAGCAGGAGCAACGCAGGAGAUCCCUCGGCUCCACUGGGAGUGGUAGUAAAGACAAGAGCCAAGCCGCCAAGGAUUGUGGAGACUCUCCAGCCAUCAGCUUGUCAGAUCUGAGGACACUUAAUGACAGCGACCUGGCAGCAGAGCUCACCAACGCACUGAGACGAGAGAAGAGGCUGAAGGGGCGUGUCCAGGAGCUGGUGACAGCGCUGGAGAGACUAACCAAGAGCAGCGAGGUCCGCCACCAGCAGAGUGCCGAGUUCGUCAACGACCUCAAACGGGCCAACAGUAACCUGGUGGCAGCAUACGAGAAGGCCAAGAAGAAGCACCAGGGCAAGCUGAAAAAGCUGGAGGCUCAGAUGAUGGCCAUGGUGGAGCGCCACGAGACCCACGUCCGCAUGCUCAAACAACGCAUCGCCCUGCUGGAGGAGGAGAACUCACGGCCACACACCAAUGAGACGUCCCUAUGAGAACUGAUGAGACGUCCCUAUGAGAACUGAUGAGUCGUCCCUAUGAGAACUCACCAGACGUCUCUAUGAGAACUCACCAGACGUCUCUAUGAGAACUCACCAGACGUCUCUAUGAGAACUCACCAGACGUCUCUAUGAGAACUCACCAGACGUCUCUAUGAGAACUCACCAGACGUCUCUAUGAGAACUCACCAGACGUCUCUAUGAGAACUCACCAGACGUCUCUAUGAGAACUCACCAGACGUCUCUAUGAGAACUCACCAGACGUCUCUAUGAGAACUCACCAGACGUCACUAUGAGAACUCACCAGACGUCACUAUGAGAACUCACCAGACGUCACUAUGAGAACUCACAAGAAUACAUGGCAAUGAGAGACAUCACCAUGAGAUCUUACAGCCACAUACUAACGAGGCGUCACUAUGAGAUCUCACGAGAACUCACUAGGAGAACUCAAAGCUCCACACCAACAGGACCUCUGUGUGAGCAUUAUUAUGAGCAACGGUUAGAGGAGGUGACGAGGGAGAGGAAAGACUGAUGUGUGUUGAGAAUGUAACCCUUUCCUACCAACCCAGAGAUACCCUGCAGUCCUAUUGGGCACAUAUACGUGUGGGAGGACACUGCAGUGAUAGCUGCAAGCUCAUUGGCCAGCUGUAUAAUAAUGUACUUUUUUUGAAAGCACUACUAUCCUUACUGGCAAAUUAUUCGCUAUUAUGUCUCCCACUUUAUUUCAUAUGUUUAUGGUAGUCUUUAGUAGCCUUUUUGUUAUCUCAAGGUUUGACCGCAAAUUAUUUUGGAAAUAUUUUAGAUCGAUGUUGUCAUUUAAAGUUAUUCCUUUUUGUUGCCAGUUGGCACUAUUUUGAGCGAUUCCCUUUUUAAGGAAUUCCAUUCUCUCAGCUCUACUUAACAACUUCACAGUUUUCAGUCUACAAUGUACACUCUGCCAUAGUGAAGACUCACUGAACACAAGGGCUCUAUUCACUCAAACCUUUCACUGGGUUUGACGUCUGAAUAUGUCAAAAACAUAAUUCUUCUUGCACUGUCAUUUGAAUUGUCACACAGGUAGAAAUGUUGUCUUUGACGUAACUGGCAAGCCUGCUUCCCAGAUUGGGAUAGGGCCCUAAGUCAAUACCUCACAGUGUGCAAAAUGUCCUUCCAAUAUGAAUGGCAGUGUUUCAGCACGGGCCUUGAACUGUACAACAGUGAAUCAAUCGCAAAAUACUCUAGUAGGUGUGUGUGUGCAUGGAGGGGAGAUAACAAUCGGGUUUUAUGUGUGUGUGAGAAUGUUUGAGACAGAGAUACAAGAUUAUGCCUUGUCAUCCCCUUCAUACACACAGAGUUGUUGUACACACACAAACAUCCUCUCCAGCCGCAGCACUUUUCACUUCCCUCUGGAUAAUAUCACCACAUUGCCUUGUUGAGGACUCUUUGUUUUUCUGCAAGACUUAAACCUGCAAGACCUGUUAACCAAUGGCUGCUCCACUUUCUCUGGACGAGGGAACCACAUACUAUUCUAUAGCAAUCUGAGAUGCUGCGUUCUCUCACUCUACCUGACUGCUGUAUCGUUCAACAUACGUACUACUGUAUCUAGCUACUAUAAGUAUACUUAAGCAGGGACAGACUGGCACCCAGAUGACACCCAUGUUUCUAGAUAACCCUCAAUAGCCUGGUAUACAGACAUUUUAAUUAGGCAGGGGUGAGGGGGACAAUUGCAUAUGAAUUCCAUCUAAUUUAUUUAUGGGAAUUGUAUUUGACAAUAUUUUUGCUUUGAUUCAAUAACCAAAUGUCCUUUUCAUUCCCUGAGUUUCAAUGUAUUGACCCCAGUCCUGCUAUUUGGUAAGACCCACAGCAUAUGAAAGCAAGCACUGGCGUGUAGACUAGUGUAGUAGUGAUGUCAUUUCCUCUUAAUAAACUGAUUAUAAUAUUAUCACGCAAAUACCUGUAUUCUGUUUCUGUUGUGCAUCUCGACCAGACCACACUCAGGUGAAUCUGGGGAAUACUCCAGUUGAGUGGGUGGUUUCAUCUUCUGUUCUGUGAAUGAGAUGAGGGGUAGCAAAGGGGGGGGGUAAGAAAGGAGGGUUGGCAAACUAAUGACCUUAUUUGCACAGAUAUGUUUUGUAAUCAAAUCUUGGCUAUCAUUGUUUUGUUGGUUUUAAUACAGAUAGUAUUUGUUUAUAUUAUAAAGUAAUAAACCAAUUUUAAAGUGAAAUGCCAA